CCGAACCCCGCCCCCCCUCCUCAGUGUGCCUCUGACCGCGGCCCGGGUAACACGUACUCUGUAUCGCUCCCGACCCCGAGCCGCGAUCUCGCCUCGCUUCCUCGCGUGUGUCACCGCCAGAGAUAACUACGGCAUCUUAACCGAAUACAAAUUAUUGUAACCAAACCCGGAGUUCUUUGUAUUUCAGUAUGAAAUUUAAACACAAAAUAUGUUAAAUCGACACGUGGAAGUGUGACGCUCUAGUGUAACUUCAGAAUGAGAAAUAACAAAACUAAAAAGCUUGUUGUUCGUGUGGCAACUUGAGUAGUGCGAACAGAAGGAAUUAUACGCGAGUGUUGGUGGUUGGGCAGCAGGUGCAGAGCCCACAAUCUGGGCGCCUUGGACUCCCCUUACCUGGAAAUUAAGCUGGAACAAAGACACCUGAAGACCUGCAGUGAUAUGUGUGUGUAGCAUAUCUCUACUUCCCGACUUCUCUUGUGGACUGCUUCGCCACUCAAGCAAAGAUGGUGAAUGUCGGCGGCAUCUCCCGCCAGAGAGGGUGCUGGCACUGGUGGACGGCAGGAACAUGGUUCCUUCUCCUGACGGCGGCUCCCACGGAAGGGGAGCAGAAAUUUGCUAACCAGCCCUCGCCCCAGACCGCUGUGAUCGGGUCAACUGUGGUUCUACCGUGCCGCAUCAUCAACAAGGUCGGGGUGCUGCAGUGGACAAGAGACGACUUCGGUUUGGGCAACGAGAGGGAACUGUACGCCUUCAAGCGGUACACCAUGAUUGGCUCCGACGAGGAAGGUGACUUCAGCCUUCGCAUAAGUCCCGUCACUCUGGAGGACGACUCCUACUUCCAGUGUCAGGUGACUGGCUGGAAGGAUAUCCCAGGUGUGAGGUCCCAGACGGCCAAGUUGACCGUGUAUGUGCCCCCUGAGCCCCCGGAGAUCACCCAGGGGCCCGUCGUCACCACCACCGCAGGGGCGGGCGUCCAGCUCACCUGUAUUUCCAGAGGGGGAAAACCUGCAGCCGAGAUCCAGUGGUUGGACGGGUCCGGGCGCGUGGUGACGGAAGGUGUGGAGUACUCCACGGAGGUGAUGGCGGACAAGCACAGAAGGAACGCCCGCUCCACCCUCAGCUUCCUGGCGAAACGAGAGCACCACAACGCCGCCUUCACCUGCACCGCCUCCAACCCCGCUCUUCACCAGGCCUUCAGGACCCAGGUGCGUCUUGAGGUGAGUUACCCGCCGGAGGUGACCAUUACACAUGACCAAGAUGGCUACCGGGAGGGCCAGACCGCCACCCUCACCUGCUCAGCAUCCGGCAACCCCUCCGUGCUCUCCUACAGAUGGUACCGCAAUGGCCAGCUGGUUCAGGACAACAACUCCACACAGCUGGUGGUGGGAGGCGUGACGAGGGACAGUAACCUGGAGGAUAUCACCUGUGAGGUCUCCAACGAGGUGGGCUCCUCCAAGAAGAUCACCAGGCUCUCCAUACACUACGGACCAUCAUUCCGCGUGCCGCCGAGCGACCAAUACGCCGAGCUGGGCGAGAAUGUUACCCUCAAGUGCCAGGUGGACUCCAUGCCAGACCCGACCAUCGUGUGGAUCAACCAGCAAUCACAGACAGUGGCGGGGAAGGGCUCUGACCUCCGCAUCAAGGUCACCAAAGCUACCGUAGGCGCAUACCUCUGCAUCGCCAAGGUGGAAGGCUUCCCUGAGAUCUCUGGCGCCGUCGGGGUGUUCCUCAAGGGUCCGCCGCAGGUGAAGUCGGAGAGGAUCCAGUGGGGGAAACAAGGAGACACAGUGCUGGUGGAGUGUCUCAUUACUGGAGCCUCCGCCCGCUCGGUCACUGUCACCUGGAGCCACAACGGUGCCGAUGUCGACCUCGAAGAGGGACGUUACGAGGUGACUGAGGACGUCACCAGCCAGGGGCUCCGUCACUCCCUGGUCAUCCGCAACGCGCAGCUCAAGGACUUCGGAGCCUACAACUGUUCGGUCAACAAUUCCUUUGGCUCAGAUGUCUUCGAAAUUAUCCUUAACAAGAAAAAGACGCUGCCGUUGCUGUUGAUCCUGUGUGGCGUGACGGGAGGCAUCGUCUUCGUGUUGGUCGUGGCACUGGCAGUCAUCAUGUGUGCCAAGAGAGCCGCUGCCAAGCAUAAAGACGCCAAGACGGGAGGCCUGCCUGAAAAGACAGUCGCGCUUCAGAUGAACGACCAAAACUCCACGGCCAACGAGUCCGACCUUAAGGUAGAGCUGGACCAGCGGACAGGGUCUUCAAUGAGCAACAAGGAAGGGGAGUUGGAGGGAUGGGGUGAGAAAGAAGGCGAUAACCCAGCCACCCCCACCUACCUUGCCUCAACUAAUUCCUACUUGUACCCAGAAACAUUCACUGGAAUUCCUCUGAAAAUUAAUGGUCAUCUUGCUAGUAAUGGAGGCGGGCUGUCCUAUGGCAACUAUGCUGACCACUCAGCAGUUACUACUGGUCAACAGCAGCAGACACAGCAACAGCAGCAGCAGCAACAACAGCAGCAGCAACCAUCUUCUCCUUCAGGAGGAUACGUUUUGGGCGGGAACAGUGUGAGUAGCGCAGGUGGCGUGGGAACGUACACGCACACGCCCCCUGGCAUCGUCACCUCCAGCCAACACUCCCUCUAUCCUGGCUACGGUGACUACGACGGCAGUCAUGACGCGCCCGACGGAGUACAUGGCUUCUCUCCAAGCUACAAUAAUGGCUUUGCCAACCACAACUUCAAGACCUCCUCUGGGUCUUUGCCACUUUCACUACAUGUCAACUCCAGGGGAAACGGCUCUGUAGCGGGGAAUACAACUUCUACAAUACCGAGACUGGGAAUACCUGUAGAUCCCAGCCAAUAUAUCGUGCCGCCCAGGACCCAGGUUAUGCAAGGUGCUCUGGCUACACACGUCUGAUCCACGGCGCCCCACGUCCGCCAGCCGUAUUGUUAUAACUACUGAUAGCAGAAACCUCUGAUGGAGAGACUCUUAGAAAAGACAUGCAGCGUGGAAGCUUAAACCAGAGCCAAUGUGUUGAUAACGUCCUUAUGUGUUGUAUAAUAUGAGAUUCAACAAACAUAUGAUGCAUUGUAUUUGCAAGGUGUGUAGUUGUGUUUUUUAUGUAUAUGUAAAAUGAAAAACAGCAUCUACAGCCCACGUUAUCACAACUGGUACAGUGGUCGGCCGUACCCUCGGCGACCUUCCCCUGCGAGAUCAACAUCAGAGGCGUGUUCCUACCGUGGUGCAAUAGUCGUAAGAUUAAGUUGAUGUGGCAAAAUGUAAAGUGUUUUCUAGUUAAUGAAAACUAC